AUGAUUAAGCACAUCCUAGGGGUCACCGAUUCUCCGGAAGUCCAAAAGAUCUUGUUUCACGUUUACAGUAACCUACUUGAAUUUUAUAACUAUGCUCGGAGUAUCUUUACAGACGAUAAUAGAAAUCCAUCUAAGAAGAAGAAAAAGAAGUUGCAGCACUGGUUAUCGAAGCUGGAACCCGAAAAUGACCACGAUAUAUUGUAUUCAAAGAGGCACGGAAACACUGGGGAUUGGCUUGUUGAAUCAGAUUCUUCCAAAAAUUGGCUUGAAAGCCAAGGAUCUUGUAUUUUGUGGUGCUUUGGGAGUCACGGUAUAGGAGAAUCCGUUCUAGCGUCACUGGUUAUAGAGAAGCUUUCCGUCAAAUAUUCUCUAGACGACCGCAGCACCGGUCUGGCAUUUUUUUACUACAAACACCAAAACAGUGCCGGGCAAAGUUCAAAAAGGAUUCUUGCGACACUUAUUAAGCAACUUAUUCAAGGGGAGAAGAUUUUGCUUGCUUCAUUAAAGAAAUUUCAUGGCCGAUAUUCUUCGGAAGGUGGAUUACCAAGCAAUGCAAAGCUUCAGGCUCAACUUGUCGAGGUCUCCAAAACCUUCGACCAAGUUAUUAUUUUUAUAGAUGCUCUCGACGAAUUCCAAGAUCAAGAUCAAAACUCAUUCAUCCCUCUUAUUAAAAUCCUUUGCCUGAACCCAGGUCUCAAUAUCAAGGUUUUUGUCACCAGAACAAGGGAGAAGUCUAUUGAAGACUCAUUUCAGGCACUCAUUUGUCCAGUAAUUAAAAUUGACAUCGAAAGAAUAAGGCCCGAUCUUGAUAUUGCGGGCUUCGUUGCUUCGGAGGUAGAACGUCGAAGUAAAAACUACAUCCGCGGUGUGAUCGAUCGGAAGAUUAAGGAAAGAAUCAAGGCUUCCUUGGUAUCUAGAUCACGUGGGAGGUUUCUAUGGGUCAAUUUCCAGUUGAUGUACCUAUACAGUCAGCCGUCUCUCAAAGACAUCGAAAAUGCCUUGUGUUCACUCCCUUCCGAUAUGGGCACAACCUAUGAUUAUUGUUUCAAGAAGAUCGAGGCGGAGAUUCCAACCCUACGUAAGCUGGCAAAGCGAGCUUUGACGUGGGUACUUUUUGCAGCAAGGCCCUUAAGCGUCGGGGAGUUGGUCCAUGCGAUUAUCAUUGAGGAAUCAAUGGAAAGCAAGAGAGUACCGUAUCUUUAUAAUGGCGAAGCCCUGCAAAGCUACAGAAUUCUCGGGCAUAACGCACAUGCUGAGUUAGCUCAAGCUUGUCUUCAAUACUUACUCCGCGAUGAGUUCCAACAACUCUUCAGGCCAUUUACCUGGACAAAUGCUAUACCUCCUCACCCGGACUGGUUUCAGAAAGAUAAACUUCUCCAAUACGCAGUUUACUAUUGGGACUACCACAUUCGUAAUGUUGUCGAGUGGCCUGAGUUUCUCAUCCAUAGUUUGGAGCGCUUCCUCUCAAGCCAGUCAAUUAUUGCAUUUGUCUAUAAAAUACGCAUCGCCAAAAUCACUAGACUUAAACUAGGCCUUUUACAUGACUUAGCCGGCCAUGACAGAAUUGAUGGGUUUGCACUCUGUUUGUGGUUGGGGCUCCUCAAGGUCCAUGAGAAGUUCAAUAAAACGAACGUUAAUUCCCUGGAGGAAUAUACAUCUCUAAUGCAUCAAGCUGCACUUAGCGGCUCUUUGGAUUCCAUUGAGACACUGUUGGAUAUGGGUUUCUCCGCAAAUUCCCAAAACCACAACGGGAUACAGCCAUUGUAUUGUGCUUGCGAAAUCGAUGAUGAGGCAGUAGUAAAGCUUCUGCUGGAAAGAGGCGCCGAGCCCGACGCCCGAGGUGGAUUCCACGAAACCGCGCUACAAGCAGCAUCCUACAACGGGAAAAUUGUAGUGGUGAAGGCCCUCCUUGAGAAAGGCGCAAAGAGCAGAAACGAGACAUUGGUGGAUUUCCUGCUCGAGAGAGGUGCGGAUGUCAACGCCCACGGUGGUCGUUAUAGAAGCGCCCUUCAAGCAGCAGCAAUUGGGGAAAACGAGACGAUAGUAAAGACCCUCCUUGAGCGGGGAGCCGAGAUCAAUUCCCCAGGCGGAGAGUUUGGCACCCCGCUGCAAGCAGCAGUCUUCAGCAGAAACGAAGCCUUGGUAGACGUUCUCUUAGAGAAGGGCGCUGAUGUAAAUAUCACGGGUGGAUUCGGUGGUAGUGCCCUUCAAGCAGCAGCGACUAACGGGAAUGAGACGAUGGUGAGGAAACUCCUGGAGAAAGGCGCCGAUGCCAAUGCCCAAGGAGGCACAUUCGGCAGUGCCCUACAGGCCGCGGCCACCUACGGGUACGAGAUGGUAGUAAAGACUCUAAUCGAUCAAGGGGCAAAUAUCAAUGCGCAAGGUGGGUUAAGGGGAACUGCCCUCCAGGCAGCAGCCAUCCUCGGGAACGAGAUAGUCGUAAAGCUAUUGCUUGAGAAGGGCGCGGAUAGUUCCUUGCGUACAGAGCAUGCCACCACGCAGAGUAAAAAGCUUAUAGAAUCGACCAAGAAAAGGAUAACAGCAGACAUUAUGGCGAGGGCCGAAACAUAG